AUGGGAGAGGCGGCAGAGUUGGGCUUGGCAGCAGCGGCGCCGCCUCCCCACGCCCACGCGCUCAUCGUUCCUUACCCGAGCCAGGGGCACAUCAACCCCAUGCUGCAGUUCGCCAAGCGCCUCGCCUCGAGAGGAGGCCCCAGGGUCACUCUCGUCACCACCCGCUUCAUCCUCCUCUCCCUCGAUCCCGCCGCAACAGCCGACGCCUCCGUCGGCCUCGUCGCCAUCUCCGACGGCUAUGACCGCGGUGGCGUCGCGGAAGCCCCCUCCUUGGACGACUACCUCCGAAGCCUAGACGCCGUCGGCUCCCAGACCCUCGCAGCCCUUAUCGAGCAUCACCGCGGCGCCGGCGCCGGCGAUGGCCCCUUCACCUGCGUCGUCUACGACACCUACGCGCCGUGGGCGGCGGCGGUGGCGAGCCGGCUGGCCCUGCCGGCCGUCGCCUUCUCCACUCAGUCCUGCACCGCCAGCGCCGUCUACUGCUACGUCGGAGGUGGGCUGCUGCAGGUCCCAGAGGACGGCUCCGCCGUGAUCUCUGCCGAGGGCUUGCCGUCUCUGUGCAAGUCAGAGCUCCCGUCGCUCGCCGCCGGUGGCAGCGGCAGCGGCGCCUAUCCGAUGCUCGCCGCGCUGUCCCUGAGCCAGUUUAGUCGCCUGGGGAAGACCGACUGGGUCCUCGUCAACAGCUUCGAGGAGCUGGAGCCCCAGGUGAGUGAGCUCUUCAAUGGCCGUCUCCAAUGGCUAGACGACUGAUCGAGUGAAAAAUCUUUUUUGGUGGCGCAAGGUGGUGGAUGGGUUGAAGCUCCACAUGAAGGCUCUGACGGUGGGACCGACGGUGCCGGAGGGGGACGGCCGGCACGGGAUGGACCUGCUGAGAGCGGACGCCGCCUGCCUACGGUGGCUGGACGGCAAGCCGGCGGCGUCCGUCGUGUAUGUCUCCUUCGGCAGCUUCGCGUGCCUCUCGGCGGAGCAGACGGCGGAGAUAGCGCACGGGCUGAGGGAUUCCCGGCACGAGUUCCUGUGGGUGGUGAGAGGUUCCGAGCAGGGGAAGCUGCCGGCGGGCUUCAGGGAGGAGGCCGGAGGCGUGGUGGUGGCGUGGUGCCCGCAAUUGGCGGUGCUGGCGCACCCGGCAGUGGGGUGCUUCGUCACCCACUGCGGCUGGAACUCGACGCUGGAGGCUCUCAGCCUGGGGGUGCCCAUGGUGGCUAUGCCGCAGUGGACGGACCAGCCCACCAACGCCAGGCUCGUCGAGGACGCCUGGGGCGUCGGCGUACGUGCCAGGCCCGCCACUGGCGGCGGCGGCGGCGCUGUGAUCGUGAGGGCGGAGAUCUCUCGCUGCGUGAGAGAGGUCAUGGACGGGCCGGGGGCUCGGCGCAUCAGGGCGAACGCUGUGAAAUGGAAGGCGGCAGCGAGGGAAGCGGUGCGGAGCGGGGGCAGCUCCGAUCGGAACCUCGGCGAGUUCGUCGAGUACCUCCACGCCACAGCCCAGUCCAGGGCGGCAGCGGCCCCAGCGGGGGGGUACACUGCCUCUACGGCGACGAUGAUAUGA